AUUGGUCGCACACGGGAUAAUCUAUAAGCCAUGGAUAACUACAAGAAGAAAACACCCGGCCGGGUGCAGCAUCUGGAGUAUACCCAAAUACGUCCGCAACUCACCGGAGGAAGCAAGUCCGAGCUUACGGGUUACAUCUUCGGUCGCAUGAAGUCCGAGCUAAACGAUGUACCGGCACAGACGGCCGCCGGGUCCACUCUGCCCUUGGUGGACAUGAUCAAGGAUGACGAAGAGGCAGGCACGUACAAUCCAUUUGAGAACCGUAAGCUAACGCACCCGACAACCGAUAUGGAAACACUGGUCCAUCUGCUGAAAGGUUCGCUAGGAUCAGGUAUUCUAGCAAUGCCCUUAGCGUUCGUGAAUGCUGGAUUGUGGUUUGGAUUGAUCGCAACGGUCGCGAUUGGCGCCAUCUGUACCUACUGCAUCCACAUCCUGGUACGCUGUUCACACAUCUUGUGCCGGCGUGCACAGCUACCAUCGCUAGGAUUUGCUGACGUGGCCGAAGUGGCGUUCCUUGCCGGUCCUGAGCAGCUGAAGAAAUACUCUCGUCUCGCACGGUUCAUCAUCAACCUGUUCCUGGUGAUCGAUCUGAUCGGUUGUUGUUGCAUCUACAUCGUGUUUGUGGCGACCAAUCUGAAGCAAGUUGUGGACCACUACACCCAUUCCUACUGGGAUGUACGUAUUUAUAUCCUGAUGCUGUUGGCACCACUGAUUCUGCUUAACCUGAUCCGAAAGCUGAAAUAUUUGACGCCGUUCUCGAUGAUCGCUAACUUGCUGAUCGGUGCUGGUGUUGGAAUUACGCUAUACUACAUCGUCACAGAUCUGCCAGCACUGUCCGACCGCAAAGCGAUUGCUGAAGUUCAACAUAUGCCAAUGUUCUUCGGAACCGUCAUCUUUGCACUGGAAGGAAUCGGUGUAGUUAUGUCGCUGGAAAACAAUAUGAAGAACCCGCAGAACUUUAUCGGCUGCCCCGGUGUGCUUAACACGGGCAUGUCUGUUGUGGUUAUGUUGUACGCUACUGUCGGCUUUUUGGGCUAUCUGAAGUAUGGUGAAGAUACUAAGGGCAGCAUUACGUUGAACCUUCCGGUAGAGGAUGUGUUGGCACAAAUGGUAAAGCUUAUGAUUGCGGUAGCCAUCUUCCUUACCUACGCGUUGCAAUUCUACGUGCCCAUGGAAAUAAUCUGGAAAAACAUCAAAGGAAACUUCAACGAGCACCAGAACGCAGCCGAAUAUACACUUCGAAUUGGUCUUGUGAUCCUCACAGUCAUAAUUGCAGCAGCACUACCGAACCUGGGUCCGUUCAUUACACUCAUCGGUGCUGUGUGUCUGAGUACGCUCGGUUUGAUGUUCCCGGCCGUCAUUGAGCUGGUCACGUUCUACGAAAAGCCCGGCUACGGACGAUUCAACUGGGUCCUGUGGAAGAACUUGUUUCUCAUUCUGUUUGGUGUGGUUGGUUUCGUCACCGGCACUUACGUCAGUAUUGUGGAGUUUUCGGAGCAUCUUGAAGAAGUUUAAGGCUGUCAAGAUCCGUCAGCACCUAUCGUCCUACUAGAACUCCUCAGGCGUGGCAGGAUACUGCAUCACAGCGCGACACAUGCCGUGUGCUCUCAACUUUGCCCCAAACUGCAUGCAUUGUAGGGUAGAUGUGAGAGAUCGCGGCAAGCGAAGAUGCGGACGUCUUGAGCCCGAGUUUCCGCACCAGAAGUGCAUCCGACCAUCAACGUGUUGGGUUUGGCCGAUCGAUGCAUUAGGAGCCAUGGAUCUGUUGCAGCAAUUUGCAUCGAGCAUCCGCUCUCCGCUCUCUGAUGUACUUUACCGUCUUCAUCAAUUGUAGGAUCUCGUUGAAUCAAUGACGUCGUUUAAUCGCGCUAGUAGGUCCAUGCUGCGUAAGCGUGCGCUUCCUUGUGUUAGGACUAUGAAUUUCUAUUUUUAUUAUCGUAUCAUACAGGUAGCAUGUUAUUCUUUUGUUCCU